AUGGGGCGUGCCUUAGAAGAACCCAUUUGUUAUCGAGCUUUAUUAUUGGGAAUAACAAAAACAUCUCUGAAUACUCAAAGUUUCAUAUCUGAAGCGAGUUUUCAAGAAACUGCUAGAGUUUUAGCAAAAGCCGCUCUUCGGGGUCGUAUUGAUUGGUUGAAAGGUCUUAAAGAGAAUGUUGUUUUAGGGGGGAUGAUACCCGUUGGUACCAGAUUCAAAAGAAUAAUGCACCGUUCACGGUCAAGGCAACAUAACAAGAUUACCCGGGAAAAAAAAUUAUUCGAAGUAGAAAUUAAAAAUCUUUUGUUCCAUCACAGAAAAUUCUUUGAUUUUUAUCAUUUCAAAGAAUUUAUGUGA